AUGGCUGAGAAGGAUACUCAUCGUCGGUCUGAAGACCUGGAAAAUAAUGCGCCACCAUUGAACAAUGCGCCAAAUGAAGAUCAGAAUUUAAGUGAUCAGACCACCGAACAUGGAACCCAAGAAACAAUCACCGUCACAUGGGACGGCGACAAAGAUCCCCUUUGUCCAAGAAGCAUGUCAACAUUGCGAAAAUGGUUCAUCGUCUCAAUUGCCUGUGUAGGAAGUCUAUGCGUAACAUGCGCCAGUUCAAUUUACACAGCAACGUACGAACAAAUGAACGCCGAAUUCAACUGCUCCCAAAUCGUCGCCACUCUCGGUCUCUCAACCUUCGUCCUAGGAAUUGCCCUUGGUCCAGUUCUGACAAGUCCAUUGAGCGAGUACUACGGCCGUCGGCCUAUUUAUCUCGUGUCGUGGACCAUGUUUAUCAUAUGGACCAUUCCUUCCGCCGUCGCGCAGAAUAUUCAGACUAUGAUCAUCGCGCGCUUCUUCACUGGCUUUGCUGGGAGUAGUUUUCUCAGUGUCGCUGGUGGAACGGCGGGCGAUGUUUUUGAGAAGGAGGAUAUUCAGAAACCUAUGAGUUUGGUUUCUCUUGCGCCGUUCAUUGGUCCAGCUCUUGGACCUUUGAUUGGAGGGUUUAUCAAUUAUAAUACUAACUGGCGCUGGACAUACUAUGUUAUGCUUAUCUGGGCGGCUAUUCUUAUGGUUGCGAUUGUCUUCUUUGCGCCUGAGACGUUUCAUCCUAUUCUUCUUCGGGAGAAAGCGAGGAAGCUUCGCAAAGAGACUGGCAACGACGCUUACCGCGCUCCUAUGGAAGAUGUGCACAAACCCAUCCUCGAGACCCUCAAAAUUUCUGUCUCUCGACCUUUUCAGCUCCUCUUCCUCGAACCGAUGUGUCUCUGUCUCGACCUCUACUCUGCCAUCCUCCUCGGCAUUUUGUAUCUUUUCUUUGGCGCUUUCCCACUCGUCUUCCGAACAAACCACGGCAUGAACCUCUGGCAGGUCGGCAUGACCUUUUUGGGUAUCUUUGUUGGACUCAUCGUCGCGACUGCUACGACACCGAUUUGGGCGAAGCUUCGAGCGGGAUGGUUGGCUGAGCAGAAGAAGAAGACGGGCAAGGCUGUUAGUGAGCCGGAGUAUAGACUGCCUCCGUGUAUCCUUGGUGCUUUUCUUAUUCCUCUUGGUUUAUUUUGGUUUGCUUGGACAACCUAUUCAAGCGUGCAUUGGAUCGUGCCCAUUACUGGUUCAGGAGUAUUUGGAUGCGGUAUGCUCCUCGUUUUCACCGGUAUUUUUACUUUCUUGGUCGACGCUUAUCCUCAAUACGCCGCCUCAGCAAUGGCAGCCAACAGCUUUGCCCGCUGCUCCUUCGCCGCGGCGUUCCCCCUCUUUGGUAUUCAGAUGUACAACACCCUUGGUUUCCAGUGGGCGUCUAGUCUGCUUGCGUUUUUGACGGUGGCUAUGGCGCCGUUUCCUUGGCUUUUCUUCAAGUAUGGCAAGAAGCUGAGAGCUAAGAGCAAGUUCGCUGCGAUCACUUGA